GCGGUGUCUCUGAUGUAGCAUUGUGAGGCUAAUGAAUGAGCUAACUCUGCAGGCUCCAGAGCAAACCCGUGCCAUCAAACAUGUCGAAAGCCCAGGCGCUACGGGAUCUGGUGAUGGAGCGGCUGGUGCUGGCCGCGGACGAGAUCUUUGCGCUGUUUGAGCGCACAUUUGCGGAAUAUGAGGAGGAGGUUUUGCGCUCCAAACAUCUGCAGCCGCGGAUGGAGCUACACAAAGAAGAUGCCCCGGCUCUAAUCUUGCAUCCCGAAGUGCAGCACAGCCCCGAACAGAUGGAGGAGGAGCAACAAACCGUACAGGUCAAACAAGAGGAAGACCAUUCCUUUGAAUUCUCCGCUGCGUAUUCUGUCAAAUCUGAAGCAAACAUUGGAAUUCUCAUCCCCGAACCAGCUGACGAGGAAGCGGAAUGCCCUACGGAAGAGCAGUGCGCAGUGGAGGAGGAGCCGGGCUGCAGUUUGAAUCUACCACCGGACAAUAACGAGCAAAACUAUGAGACUGAUGACUCUGAGGACUGGCAACCUUCUGAUAAAAAUAAGAAAUCGCCCAAAAGUGUAGGGAUAAAAAAGGACACUAAACGAGGUAGACCUGCCCGGAAUGCCAAUGUGUUGUUGGAUAAAAACACGGCAAGCGAAAGGAAUUGUGAUAGUGUAGCAAAUGGGGGUAAAAAGAAAGGGAAACAGCCAAAAUGUUCAGUUUGUGGGAAGACGUUUCAAAGCGAGGGUCAUUUUAAGAAGCACUGGUUAGCUCACUGCGGUCAGAGGCCUUUCAAAUGUCAAGUCUGUGACAAGGCAUUCAGAAACAAGGCGAAUUAUAGAAAACAUAUGAUCAUACACGAAGAUGACAAGCCUUUUAUCUGUCCAGCUUGCAACAGAGGGUUUAGUCAGAAAUGCCACUUACAGGCACACAUGAGAAUCCACACAGGAGAGAAACCAUUCAGCUGUCCAGACUGUGGCGUUAGAUUCAGGUAUCAGCGUAACAUUUAUCGGCACAUCACCGCGGUGCAUAAGGGGGAAAAACCUUUCAGCUGUCCAUUCUGUGACAAGGCGUUUUCGCAGAAGAGUCCUUUUAUCGUUCACAUGAGGACGCACACGGGAGAGAAACCGUUCAGCUGUUCAGUGUGUAAGAAAGGCUUUAUUGAUAAUUGUCACCUUAAAAAGCAUGCCAAGACUCAUGAAGUGCAGAAUAGGUGAAGACUGAAGUAGCUGGACCACAAGGAAAAACAUUUUAUUUACAAAUAUUUCAACAUAUCCAAUUUUGAGUUUAUUUUUUAAAACAAUAAUAGUUAUCCUAGAACAACAUUGCAUGUUUUACAAUCUUAAAAAUAAAAGUUGACCAUUAGUUGAAACUGGGUUAAAUCCAACAGGUGGCAGUAAUAAAAACGGUGAAAAAUGCCCCUAAACGUUUUUUAUGGAAGUGUUUUUAUUACAAAAUUAGAAAUCGCUGUAGGAACAGAAAACCUUUUUGGGAAUAACUUUUUGAAUAUACCAUUAAAGCCAUAGUAUGUAACUUUUGUGCCAAAAAAUAGACUAAAAUAAAAGCAUGUUUUUUUUUUCAUUAUGGAUGUUUUUAUUACACCGAAAAACAUAGAGAAACAUGUGUUUCUGUGAGCAGGCUUGCAUCUCCACAAACCUGACUCUUAUUUGGCCUGGAGGUGGGUCUUUGCUUGUUUCUAUGGAAAUGUUGUUCCUUUGGCUAUAAUGACAGAGAUGGAGAAAUUCUUCGAUGUUCUGAGUUUGGUUUUAAUUUACUAUCUCCGUGGAAUCAUGCAGUCGCCUUUCUACCUCCAGAAAGUUACAUACUAUCAAUUUAAUAGCAGAGUGGAUGAGGGCAGUUUUGAUUGGUCAGUGCUUCUUGCGCAUAAAUAUUUCUUUCCAAACCUUAUGUGAAUAUCUCUUGUAUUUAUCACUGUUGUUAGCGUCUAUGUUACUACUGUAGUUGUGAUAAAACGUUGUCUUUAUUGUAGGUGUAAAUACUAGUACACAGACUAAUACAUGAUACAACUGUAUAGAGCUUAAGUUGUGUUUCUCUACAUCCAAAUUACACUUUCUGUUUAAACUAAAUAAACAUUUAUGUGUC